UUGGAUUUUCUCCUAUCAAUAAAAACCUCCUUUUCUCUGCAUGCUUCUUCUUAACCUCCCAACAACAACAACCCUCUCUCACUUCCUCUUUCUUCUCUCAAUCAUGCAACACUAAACCCUCAACGAAAAGAGAAGCGGAAGCAGAAGAAGAAGAAAGAUGAAGAGAAUGGAUUCGAAAAGCGAUAACGGAAGAGAGUUUUCUAGCGACGACGACGCAUCUCCGAGAUGUGUAAUGGAAGCUCCUGUUUCUGAAACAGAAUCCGACUCCACCACUACCAGCAGCAGCAGCAGCAGCUCCUUCUCCCCGGAGAAGCUUCCGCUUCCGCCACCGCCAGCGGUGGCAGCGGCGGCGCUGAGAAAAACAAAUUCGAAGGAGAGCAACUUGCAGCAGUGGAAGACAAUGAUCGACGUGUUCAAGUUCAAGAGCGUUAAGAAAUUGACGACGAUUCCUCUGCUCUCUGCGGGGAACGAAAUCACGAGGAAGGGUUUUGCUAAGAAACUGGCUCGGAUUCGAAGCGCCGAAGAUAGCAUCGACAUAGGUGUUAUUCCGACGAAGCCUUCUUGGAGGAACUUCGAUUACGCGGAACUCGCAGCUGCAACUAACGAUUUCAACUCAGAGAACCUGGUUGGUAAAGGUGGCCAUGCAGAAGUGUACAAAGGGCACCUACCUGAUGGGAAAGUUAUAGCAGUCAAGAGACUAAUGAAGAAUGCCAAGGAUGCUGGGGACAGAGCUGGUGAUUUCUUGACAGAACUUGGGAUCAUUGCACACAUAAACCACCCAAAUGCAACACGCCUUGUUGGGUUUGGGAUUGAACGCGGUCACUACUUUGUACUAGAAUAUGCUCCACAUGGCAGCCUUUCUUCGUUGCUCUUUGGUUCUGAAUGCUUGGAGUGGAAGACAAGGUUCAAGGUCUCCAUUGGAGUGGCAGAAGGGUUGCAGUAUCUGCAUCAAGAUUGUCCUAGAAGAAUCAUUCAUAGGGAUAUCAAAGCCUCUAACAUACUACUCAAUGAAAAUUAUGAAGCUGAGAUUUCAGAUUUUGGAUUGGCAAAGUGGCUUCCAACUAAUUGGGCUCACCACGUUGUCUUCCCAAUAGAAGGCACAUUUGGGUAUUUGGCUCCAGAGUACUUCAUGCAUGGAGUUGUGGAUGAGAAGACUGAUGUAUUUGCAUUUGGGGUUUUGUUACUGGAGAUCAUAACUGGUCGUCGUGCUGUCGAUUCAGAUAGUAGGCAAAGCCUUGUGAUCUGGGCUAAGCCACUGCUGGAUACAAUGAAUGUGACGGAAAUAGCAGACCCCAGAUUAGAAGGGGAAUAUGAUCCUAUUGAAAUGAAGCAUGCCAUGGUAACAGCUUCCUUGUGUGUCCACCAGAUAUCCUCCAAGAGACCAUUCAUGAAUCAGGUUGUACCCUUACUCAAGGGUGAAGUAGCAGCUAUUGAACUCAAACAAAACUCACCAGCAACAAGAUCACUCUUGUUAGAGGCAUGUGACCUUGAGGACUAUACUUGCUCUAGUUACCUGAAGGAUCUCAACCGCCAUAGGGAGUUAAUCAAUGAGUGAUGCUUGAUUUGUUGUUUUAAUCUCCACAUAUAAAUGUUAAUGAAGGCUAUGUAUGGAAUGGCCAUUUUAGCAGUGUGUACAGCUGAAUCCAAAAUGCACGAGCUUGUGUUUUUCUUCAAGCUUUUAGUAGGAUUGUAAUUUGGCAUGGAAUUGUAGUCAGAAGAUAACCCAAGCAACCAUGGUUUCGGCUUUUGUGAGCACUAUGUUCAUGCACAGGAGUGUUUGUAA